CUUAAAUUAUCAAAUUGCCAAAGAGGAUCAGGUAUCUAGAGCGCGCUUUUCUGAAUCUUGUGAGAGCUAUAGUAUAAGUAGGCGGUGAACGUAUCUUUCAGAUUUCAUUCGCUAUUUCUACUGGCAAGUACCGUCAUUAACACAGGAACGGUUUUCUGUCGUUUUACCUUCAUUGUUGCGAUCCUGUGGCUCUGUUGUAUCUUCCAGACUGUUAUUUGAGGUAAGCGUUUGUCUCUGAAAUUUAGCAACGGUUUAGAUUGUGUUGCCCGCCAAUUUUAAUGCGCUUUGGCACAAUUACAGCACUUGUACGCGCUAUUAUGGUUCUCUUUGUUCGCUAAUGUGUAAAUUGAGUUCGAUUUUUUUUUACAGCAAUGCUUUGAAAAAUACCUCUGAGGCGUCACGGUGCAAAAUAUUGAUUUGAAAUGCAAAUUUUAACGUUAUAACAAAAUCGUGCAAUUAUCACUGGUUAAGAGGCGCUUAACAUUCGUUAUUGCUUCCUAGAACAGUUUUAAUCUGCCUCAGGCCUCGUUUUAAAGGACGUUCCAAUGAACUGAAUUCUCUAUAUUAAUUGUUGUGCCUCUAUAUACUUCGAUGUUCGAGUGAGAUCUGUAUUAAAGCGAUCCGUAUUUUAAAUCGAAAUUAUUUCCUAAAUUUGGCAAAAUAUCUCAAAAGAUCUGUUAGGAGCUAAAAAUAUGUUAAUGCAACUUGAAUAUUCUUCCUUAUUUAUUCAGAAGUGCUCUUAAUUUCCACGCAAAGCAAAAAAAAUUGAAUUUAAACUUCCCUCGCCCACUCACCAUAGUUUUGUAUAAAUUUACUUCGUGUUCCGGUCGAAGAAAGAGGAAAAAAAACAAAUUUGUUUGCUAAAAUAAGAAGGGUGCUUUUGCAGCCUCGACAAGCUCUUCGCUUUGGUAAACAUGGCAAAACCCUUAAAACCAUAAGGUUGACCAGCGUCUAAUUUCUCCUUACAGUAACAGUUCUAAAUCAAAUAUUAACCUUUUGAGAAUAGGACGAAUGAUAGCUAACAGAUUCUCCUUAGCAGUGCCAUGCGAAAUAAUUUUAAAACAUUGAGAGAACAUUUUAGAGUGAGGUUGAACCUUCUAAACAAAACCACAAUGGUCUCUGAAUGCAUUCAAUGAAAGUUUCCACAUGUGUUAUCUUAGCAACUUUAGAGGGUUAAAAAACAGAAAGAUUUCCUUUCCCCUUGCUUAAAAAAAGCCUCUUUUGUUUUAAUCCGAUUUCUACUACGAGAAUAAUCCUUAUUGGAAAUCGAAACUUGUUGAAGUGAAAAACGUAUUUUUUUAAGGAAUUUCCGAUUCCUAAUGGGAUGACGCACAAUUCAAAUUUGUUACGUGUAAAUUCUGCCCAAAAUGAUUAUAUUCGUAUGAAAACUGCAAAUCUUUCAAUUUAAAAAAAAAACGUUUCUGUUUAAAUUUUACAAUUAACUCCUCAGCAGGUGGUUGUUGUACACGAUUUCCAUGAGAAAUAUUCCCUUUCCAACACUGCAAACGAAUUAUACAGAAAAAUAUGUUUCUGUUUGUACUUCUGCGCCUCAGUCAAAUGGCAAAAUUCGCGCGUUUCAAAGCGACCGUUAACAUAUGGAAUUUCAAUUUUUCUUCCGAAUCCAUCGUUUUUUUUGGUUCAAUAACGAACGAAAUUUUUUUAGACGCGCCCUUUAGACGCGCCCUAUUAAACUGAAGGGCAUAAUUUUUUUGAACAGAGGACGUGCCGACUACUACACUGCAGGUGACGAAUGGGAAAAUAAACAAGGUUAAUUGGUAAUAGAGGCUAAUGGGCAAAAUUGUUUUCUUAACGCUCUCUAAUGGUGUAAGAAGAUAUAUUGAGAAAGCGGCCGCGAAAUUUUUUGAACGCUCAUAAUGCGCGUUUGUAGCAGUUCUAGCUUUUAUAGUAAACAUCGUUUAUUUUUGCAAAGAAUAGUAAUGUCGUUUUCUCGCUGGACUGCAAUUAACGAUUUUAAGGAAAGACUCAACGAUAUUUUUUUCUGAGGAAUGAAAGGGAAAUACGACGCUAGCAAUUCUGUAACAAUGUUUCAUAGCGUAUUUGUCUUUCAUUAAAAUAAUUAAAAUGCUGCUCGGCUAUAGUUUGUCUGUUGUGUUUUUUUCUGCGUUGCAAGAGAGAUAAAUGACUCUUGAAAUAAGAGAGGUUUGGCGCGCCUUCUGUUGCUGCGAUACAAAAGUUCUAUAAACGUUGAAGUUCAGUGAAGUCAAAUGACCAAAAACUGCGGUUUCGCUUUGUUCAUGAUAUGUGGAACGCAGUCAAGCAUUAAAAGGGUAACGUGGUGGAAAGACACCUUAAAAAGUGGAUCAAGUUUUGGUCAAAUUGUAAUCAUAUUUUUCAUAUACGUGUUAACUAUUUAGCCACUCUGUGUGGCUCAUCGGCCGACGAUGAAAUUGAGAGUGAUUGACAUUUUUGAGUUGCUAUGACCCAUCUUUAAAAUUGGUAGAAUAUUUGUAAAAAUCUUCCUUCCCAGCCAGCGUUGUUCUGCAUUUGAUUUACUAGGAUCUCUUUCAUCUGAUCUUACCGGCUUUCCGGCGUUUCAAUACAUUCAGUCCUAGACAAGAUAGUUGUCGUCAGAAACUCAGUUUUUGUUCAAUUUCAUUGUCGAUUCAAGGCAAUUAACCCUUUUUAAAACUCCUCAGAGUGACCAGUAUUUAAUAUCUCUCCGCAGUGUCACCCUUAAAUCGAACACUAAGGUCAUGAGAAUUAAGCGAAAGACCACUGACUAAAAAAGCUUUUGAUUUGUAUGAACGUACUGUGGUUCAAGUCAAAUUUUCUCGGUAGAAGUCAUAUGAAACUAAUUUAAAUAGAUGCUCACUAUGUUUUUAGGUUUUAGCCAUGUCUAAGCCGUUUGGGGUUUUCUGUUGUCUUGUUUUUCUCGCCCUCAUCUCGUCGAGCACGUCCCACAACCCGUUUGAAAAGUUUGGAGUGUACUGCAAACCAGAAACCUAUACACGACCCGUCACCAAAUCAGGUUGUGGAUCCCAGAAGGUCCGAGUAAAAGCCUGCCUUGGCACAUGCGCGUCGUACGCACUACCGCUGGACUAUUCACCUCAUUUCAAGAAGGUUUGCGAAUGUUGCAAGCCGUCUAGCACACAAAUGGUAACAUUUAAUCUUCCAGACUGCCAAUCAGGAAUCUCUCCUAUAGUGCAAGUAGAAUCGGCAGUGCAAUGCAAAUGCAAAAUGUGCACGUGAAAGAAAAUAAUUAGCGAAGUGAAAGGCAUUUUACACGAGAACUGGGACUUAGGUGUAACACAAACAACUGUAAAUCGAUUUUAUACCCAGAAGCUCUUUUGCCCCAAAUGAUUAAUGCUAUUUACAGAAUAAGCGCCCUGAGCUUUGUUAAGAUAAUGUCUUGAAGUUUGCAAUCUUUGUGUCUCACAUCAUUUGUAAUCACGUGCAUUAGAAUGAAACUAAUUAAUUUAAUUGAGAAUAAAUUAAA